GACGCUUUUAUUCUGAAAUUCCCCGGAUGUGCUUCCCCCUGUGCCCCCAUCUCCAUUCAUGAGGAGCCUCAUCAGCUGUCUUUCUGUCAUCUGAAUCUACAUUUCUCUAUAACUGGUGACAACAGGAGAUUUAUUCCAUGUCGAAUAUGUCUUCCAACAACAUGUCGGACCCAAGGCGACAGAAUAAGAUAUUAAGAUACAAACCCCCCAGCACAGAGUCCAACCCCACCCUGGAGGACCCCACGCCUGACUACAUGAACCUGCUCGGCAUGAUCUUCAGCAUGUGUGGGCUGAUGCUGAAGCUGAAGUGGUGUGCCUGGAUUGCCGUCUACUGCUCUUUCAUCAGCUUUGCAAACUCCAGAAGCUCAGAGGACACCAAACAGAUGAUGAGCAGCUUCAUGCUCUCCAUCUCAGCGGUCGUGAUGUCAUACCUCCAGAACCCACAGCCGAUGUCGCCGCCAUGGUAACCUAGGAUCCAAUCGCAGAAGAGCCAGGAAGUGAAAUUGCGUAUGUUUGAGUUAAUGAUGAAACAACUGAUUGGCCCUCCGGCCAUUGUGGAGGAAAAACAGAGACAGAGAGGAGGAUAAUAAGACAGACAUGGAGGAGGAGGAGGAGGAGAGAGAAAGCAGAUGGACACUGCAUCAAGACCAAGAGAUCAAAUGUUCUUCGACUGCACUCUGAUGUGUUCCUCUUUUUUUAACCUUUUCUACAUUUGUUUGUUGAUGAAAAUGUUGCUCUCUGUUUUGCUGAUCUGUUGCAGGAGGUCGUAAAUAAAGUUGUACUGUUUUAAAGA